UCUUAUUUUUAUUUUGAACUGCCCUACGUAGUCAGGACAUAACCCACAGUUGUGUUUUUAUGCGGCUCCUCAAAAUAUAGGAAAAAACAUAAGCAAAUCAUCAGUUAAAAGCCGAGCGCAUAGCAAACAUAACGGACUGAAACCACUGAUAAGAGACGCCACCUUGCGACCAUUCAAAAUGCAGUGGGCAGGGCUCAUCCUACUGGCCGUGGCAGUGAUAUCCACAUUAGGGGCUCCUCGGAAUUUGGCUUCCUCGGAUACCGCGUUCCUCACGCCAGGCACCUACAUAAAUGCGACGCAAAACGUCCAUGGAUUGAAGACUCUGCGCACGUACUGCUAUCCGGGCAAGCGGCUCUCGGUGACGAGUCUCUUUGAGACGAUGAAGUUCAUUCUGGCCAUCGAGGGCGAUGAUUAUGCCCAGUACGGCGGCAAGACGCCGGAGGAGGUGCUGGAGCACUACGAGGAGCAGCAAUCGCUGUUCAGCAUCACACUGUUCGCCCAGAAGCGCCAUCGCGUUCUGCUCUCACCCUUCGAGCAGCAGUGCAUCGGUAUUUUCUCCCGACAGCCGUACACCGUCACCCUGAAGUCCAUUCCGCUGGAUCUGUGGCGUCUCGCACUGUUCUCCGUUGGCAUGCUGAUCUUCUGGAGCGCCCGACGCCUGGCCAAGAACGCUUUAUUCUACUAUCUGGCCGGUAUUGCCAUUGGCAUUUGCGCCUCCCUGCUGGUGGUCAUCUAUUUGGCUGCCAAACUCUUUCCGCGCCGUCCUAUGAUGUAUGGCGUACUAAUUGGCGGUUGGACCAUUGGAUUCUAUGUGCUCAAGCAGCUGGCGGACAAUCUGCGACUGAUCCUGCUCACCUACCGCGAUUAUUUGGUGUGGUAUCUAAUGGUCACCGGACUGAUCUCGUUCCUGGUUUGCUAUCGCAUUGGCCCGCCCAAGAAUCCUCGCUCUCAAAACAUUAUCAUGUGGGUGCUGCAAGCCAUUGGCGGUGUCCUGGUUUACUUCAGCAGCUGGCACACCAGCGCCCUGGUCUUUAUCAUGGUUCUGCUCUUUGUGGCCUACUACUUUCCCAGGUCGUGGGCCCGCCAGGUCAAGAUCAUGUACCGUCGCCGCUUUCCGCCAAAGAGGCGACUGCUCACCCAAGAGGAGUUCCAACUGCAGACGGUCAUCGAGACAUCGAAAUCGCUGGCGGACCUGCGCAAGUUCGUCAACAGUCCGGAGUGCAAGCAGUGGACGGUGAUGAGCAACCUGAGCAAUCCCAUGCGCUUCGCCUCGUUCGCCAAUGGAGCACCGCAUCUGGACGACGAGGAGAUCGAGGACUACUCGCGCACCAUCGAGGAGUCCAUGGAGGCGAACACAGAGGAGGAUGCCGAGGAGUUUCUGCAGUGCAGCAUGUACUAUCGCCCGUCGGCCAGUCGUUUGGUAAAUCGCUCGCGCCACCGUGUCAACAUAUCGCAGGCCAACUCGCAGCUCCGCCAUCGCCUGGCCGCCCGCAAGUCGGAGCACGAUGAGAGUGAGGAGGAAUACUUGGAACAGGAGGCGGACUAUUAUUAGCCAAGCAGCUAAACCAAAAAGAAAAUAACUCAUUAGGCUAAGUUCAGACCAUCGCAGUGUGUAUGUCAUCUUAAACUUCCCACCACGUACUGUAAUGAAUCAUUAUGCAACAGUUGUAUUUAUUUGUAGCUUUUGUAUAGUUUAAUUCCUCUUUCUCUAUAUCACUUGUAUAAAUAUUUUCCGACUAAACUGUAACGCACUGAUUUUGUAGCUUGCACUUAUAAUGUAUCAUUCUGUAACAUUUGGACUUUUUACUUGUUCCUUUAUUUAGUUGCCAUAUUUACCUAUAUUUAUUAUUUGUAUUACUAUUUUCCGACAAUCGCUACGCACUGCUUUUGUAACUUGUACUUAUUUUGUCAUGACUGGCUAGGAAUAAAUCGAAAAUUACGGUAA